AAAGGUGAGAGAGAUCAACAACACAGUGGAUAUCCCAGAUUUUGACAUGAUGGAAUAAACGUUCUCAAAUGUAAGAUUCAACACCUAACUUUAAAACUGAAGAUGAGGCCAUGAUGACCUUGCUUAAGGAGAAGCUGUGGGUAACUCUGGAGGAUUUGAGGGAGCAGGAAUUCAAGCAGUUGAAAUGGUUCCUCCAUCAGGCGGACAUCAUGCACACAAUCCUACCACAUCUUGAAGUCUCAUCAGCCAUCCCUGCGGCCCAGCUGGAGAAGGCAGACAGACAGGACAUCGUUGAUCAGAUGAUACAGAUCUAUAGCCCUUAUGGAGCUCUGGAGGUGACCAGAAAGAUUUUAAUAAAGAUCAACAGAAAUGAUCUUGUGCAGCUCUUACCAGUCACCUCAGAACCUAAAGUGGAUAUUAGUGAUGUGGGGACUAGUCAAACUGAAGAUUUGCUGGUGCCAGUACCGAAGCCUCCACAGCCAAUCGCAUCAUACCAGCGAACACUCCAAUCUAAUCUUCAGAACUGUUUUAUGUGUAUAAAAGAAGGAAUGUCAGAUAUGGAGGAUAAGAAACUUCUGGAUGAAGUCUACACAGAGCUCUACAUCACAGAUGGAGGCGACAUGCAAAUUAACAGGCAACAUGAAGUCAGGCAGCUUGAGGAGGCAUCAAAGAAGCGAGUUAGAACAGAGACAGCAAUCAAACCCAGUGAAAUCUUCAAACACCCUUCAGGGAAAUACAGACCCAUAAGGACAGUGCUAACCAACGGGAUCGCAGGAAUUGGGAAAACAUUUCUUGUGCACAAGUUCAUCCUAGACUGGGCUGAAGGAAGAACCAAUCAUGAUCUGCAUCUUGUGUUCCCCUUCACCUUCCGCCAGCUGAAUUUACUGAGGGGUAAAAAGUUUUGUCUUGCCAAGCUCAUUCACAAAUGCAUCAAGGAAACCAAAGACAUCCAAGAGGAGACUCUUAAUUACAUUUUCACAGUGCUACAGAUGUCAGGAAACACCAACUACGAUAAGAGUAAAUUUAAACUUCUGUUUGUGUUCGAUGGACUAGAUGAGAACCGUCUUCAACUAGACUUCACCGCCAAAGAAAAAAAGGCUACUGAUGUGACAAAAUCGAGGGGGGUAGAAGGACUAAUAAUGAGCCUCAUUAAUGGGACUAUGCUUCCCUCUGCUCGUCUCUGGAUAACCACACGACCUGCAGCAGCCAAUCAGAUCUCUCUAGACUUUGUCGACAUGGUAUCAGAGGUGAGAGGAUUCACUGACCCACAGAAGUACGAGUACUUCACCAAGAGAUUUAGUCAUGAUGAGCAUACUGCCAGAAUCAUUUCCCACAUUAAGGCAUCACAAAGUCUUCACAUCAUGUGCCACAUCCCAGUCUUCUGUUGGAUCACGGCUGUGGUGCUGGAAGAUGUGCUGAAAACCAGUGAUCGAGCAGAGCUGCCCAAGAACCUGACUGAGAUGUACACAGAAUUCCUGGCUUUUCAGAUGAGACAGGCAAAAGAGAAGUAUGGUGCAAAAAAGAGCAUUCGGUACAUCCAGUCACUCGCAAAACUGGCUUUCAACCAGCUGGAGAAGGGAAACCUAAUUUUUUAUGAGAAAGACCUAAAAGACAGUGGAAUUGAUCUUGAAGAAGCUUCUCUGUACUCUGGGGUGUUCACACAGAUCUUUAAAAAAGAGUGCUUGAGGAAGAAGGACAAGGAUAAGGGAAGGAUGUUCAGUUUUGUCCAUCUGACCAUUCAGGAGUUUCUGGCUGCUUUUUAUGUGGAGCUUUCGCUUAUGAACAGCAACAAGAAUGUGAUGGUUCAGUCGCAACCAAAGUCUGAAAGUCUGGGGAGGCUUUUCUCCAAAAUAUCUGAAACAGAGGUCCACAGAAUUGCUAUUGACAAGGCCUUAUAUAAUCAAGAGGGACACUUGGACUUGUUCCUUCGUUUCCUGUUGGGCCUGUCAUUGCAGACCAAUAAAGAGCUUCUGGCAGACUUAUUUAAACAGAAAACAACAAGCUCCUGCAGCAAUCAGGAAACAAUCCAGUACAUCAAAAUGAAGCUCAAAGAAUGUUUGUAUUCAGAAAGAGGCAUCAACCUGUUACACUGUUUGAACGAGCUGAAUGAUCAUUCUGUAGAGGAAGAAGUACAACAGUACUUGAGUUCUGGAAGUAUUUCUAAAAAAUAUCUGUCUCCCGCUCAGUGGUCAGCUCUGGUCUUCAUCUUACUCUCAUCGGAAAGAGAUCAUGAUGUGUUUGACCUGAAGAAAUGCCAUGGCUCGGAGGAAGGUUUUCACAGACUGCUGCCAGUGUUUCAGGCCUCUGUUACAUACCUGCUGAGUGGCUGUGAUCUGCAUGAAGGAAGCUUUGAAGUUCUGGCCUCAGUUCUCAGCUCCAAACAAUCUAAUCUGAGAGAACUGGACUUGAGCAACAACAACCCUGAUGAUGAAGGAGUGAUAAAGCUCUGUGAAGGACUGGAAAAUCCUCACUGCAAACUGGAAUCACUCAAGCUGAGGGACUGUAACCUCUCAGAGAGAAGCUGUGAAGCUCUGGCAUCAGUUCUCAGCUCCGGGUCCUCUAAACUGCAAGAGAUGGACCUGAGUAACAACAACAUACAGGAUACCGGAGCAAAGCUGCUCUCUGCUGGACUUGAGAGUCAGUACUGCAAACUGGAAUCUCUCAGGCUGAAUGUGUGCAACCUGUCAUGGCUGAGCUGUGAAGGACUGGCCUCAGUUCUCAGCUUACAGUCAUCUUGUCUGAAAGAGCUGGACCUGAGUAAUAAUGACCUGCAGGAUUCAGGAGUUAAGAUACUCUCCACUGGACUGGAGAGUCCACAUUGUAGACUGGAAACCCUCAGGCUGUCAGGUUGUCUGGUCACAGAGGAAGGCUGUUCUUUUCUGGCCUCAGCUCUGAGCUCCAACCCGUCCUAUCUAAGAGAGCUGGACCUGAGCUACAAUCAUCCAGGAGACUUGGGAGUGAUGGUCCUGUCUGCUGGACUGAAAGAUCCACAGUGGAGACUGGACACUCUCAGGGUUGAACCUGGUGGAGAGUGCUGGCUGAAAUCUGGUCUGAAGAAGUAUGCCUGUGAACUCACACUGGACCCAAACACAGCACACAGAGUCCUCAUCCUGUCUGACGGAAACAGAAGAGUGACACGAGGGAGCGAGGAGCAGCCAUAUCCAGUUCAUUCUGAGAGAUUUGAUGGCUGUUAUCAGGUGCUGUGUAAAAAGGGUCUGACCGGUCGUUGUUACUGGGAAGUGGAGUGGGAUGGAAGGAUUCUGGUUGCAGUGACUUACAGAGGAAUCAGCAGAAGCGGAGAAGGUGCUGACUGCUGUCUUGGACAGAAUGAAAAGUCCUGGAUUUUGGAGUGCCAUAAUGAUGGCUACGGUAUUUUGCAUAACAACACUGGACUUACCCCGUGGUACCACCCUACUGAUUCCACCAGAAUAGCAGUGUAUCUGGACUGGCCUGCUGGUACUCUGUCUUUCUACAGGGUCUCCUCUGACACACCAACUGACACACUGACUCACCUACACACCUUCUACUCAAGGUUCACCGAACCCCUCUAUCCUGGCUUCUGGAUUGGAUUAGAGUGCUCACUAUCCCUGUAGAGGAAAUGACUACACAAGAACACCGACAUGGCUGGUGAAUAGUAGUCUGAUGAAGAAUGGUGUAGGUCCGGAGGUAACAGUUCCGUGUGCGCAGUGAUAGUCCAGAUAAAAGGGGUGAAGGCAAUAAAGGGCAAGGCUUAGUUGGAGCAGGAACAAAACAAAGCAGGUUAACAACAAGACAGGUAUCAAACAGGGAGACUGUUUGAUACCUCCAGCAGAGCAGAGCAGAGGGUGAAAGCAGAGCGAGAGAGCAGAAGGUCUCAGGAGUCUGACAGGUUGUUUCUAGAACGACAAAAACAAAAAGCUCAGAGGAUCAGGGAAAACAACAUGAUGGUUCGCCGCAUCAAUGAGACCAUCGUGGAGGAAAAAUUAAGGCAUGAGGAACAGCUUAAAGUGGAGGAAUAUGAGGCUGAGCUGAAGAAUAUAGCACAGACUGCUGAGAGAACGAAGCAGCUCCAGCAGUACACUCAGGACGAAAUUAAUAUUACUUAACAGUGAAUAUAAUUGCUUUUGGAAGUUUGUAUGUAUUUUCUUUUCAUGACAAA